GCACGUCAUGUGCUGUGCGUGUGUGUCCUCGCCCUGUGCUGUGCGUCGCUGUGCGUGGCGGCUGGUGGGACGACGGGGGAAACGUCUUGUAAUGGCACGGAGCCCACGGAAGGCCAGGGGUGCGAAAACACUGCUGAGGUCAAUGAUGCUGAAGAGGAGUCGCGUCAAGGGUCAGGACCGAAACUCGAAGAACAGAAACUGCAGGGAGAGAAAGAUGAGGUAGCGGAUAAUACUAAUCAAGAAUGCGCGAAGAAGCCGCCACCUGAAGAUAAAACGUGCGUGAAGUCUGUUCCUACCGGAACUCAACAACAACAACUGCAGGCAUCCAGAGGUUCUCAAGAAGAACUACGUGAUUCCGAUCGAUUACCAGAAACAAGUUCGUUGGAGGGUGAUCCGUCAGCAGUUUCACCUAAAUGCACUGAAGAACAGGAAGAGCAAACAGCUGCUUCGGGGACGAAAGCUUGUGUCGCCAAAGAUCCAACGAAAGAGAUUACACAACAAAGCUCAAAAUCUGAUCAUGACAACGACGUGAAGUCCCCUACUGAACACGGCUCUCCGCCUGACCCUGAGAAGCAGCACAGCGUGUCCGGCAGCACGCCUGGGGCUCUGGGCCCCCCACCAGCA